AUGUCUGCUUCUUCUCUUUUACAAUCACCUAGCUUUUCGUCUUUGCCGUCUUCAUCAACUCACAGCGAAAAAAGCCCGACGACGGUCACGCCUGACGCCGAAUUCAAUGAUUUUUUCGUCUACUCUUUCGAUCAUGGUUUGGACAUGCAGUGUCAGGACGCCGACAGCUGGAGAUACGCUCUUUCCAAAGUACGACAGCAAAUGUAUAACUCGACGAGUGUUUUUGUCCCAUCGCCAGCGGCCUAUCUGCAUGGACAUCAGAGCUUUGCUAUAAAGUCGAUGCCACAGUAUGAAGAAGUGUUCAAUUAUAAUGCGAAUUCUCACUUGGUCAAGGACCUCUCGACCUAUCGGCAAAUGCGAUCUGAGAAUCUCUUGAUGCGCAUGAUCCAUUGCAGUGAUAUCUUGUCCAUCGAUAUCGCCACUAUAAUGCGUCUUAAGAAAGGCGUAUUUGUUCAUCAAAAAUCCAACUACAUCACCCCGCAACCAUCACCCACAUCCUCCACCAUUGAAGAAUUCAACAAGCAGAUGUUUCCUCAAGAUGCUGAAGCAUCGAUUGAAACAUUCUAUACUGAUAAUGUGAAGAGCAUGAUCUCUACGACCGGUCUCGAAUCGUCCAGUUAUGCCAUGGAUACCUUUGUACCUUACAGUUAUACCUUUGGUGCUCGAUAUACCAACCCCUACGGUGGUGCACAAGAUAUUUUGAUCCGUGGUCAAAUCCCACUGUGGUGUCAAAUUCUGUUUUUAUCCAGCUGCGUUAAUCAGAUGCCCAUUCGGCCCCACGAGACUCGAAGUGGUUUGUUCCCAUUUGCGCCCAAUAUUUCUGUGACUUUCGGUCGUCUCGCCGAAGCUGCUGUGCCUGAAAACGAGAUUAGUCCUGAUCUCGGUUUCAUGUACGAACGAUUUGCCAUGGAUAUCAGCGAACCGGAAAUGCUUCUGAACGACGAUGACGGUUGUGGCCAUACCUGGGCUGAGCGCAAGCAAGAGAUACUGCAACAGACCUUGUAUUGCAAUAUUCCGGAUCAUUUAGCGGCCAUCAUCACUGGUGAAGCUGCGAUAUGGGCCGCGCAACAAUCGCUCAUCGUAUAA